AUGGAUCGCAUCGAGCCGGUUGAGGACCACACCUCUGGGGAUCCCCAGGGGUCGUCUCCAGAACAAUCUACACCCCCUCGGCCAGCAGGUCCUACACCGUUGCGCCCACGAGCUCCUUCACUUCGGACUCGAAGACCGAGUAUCCGCCUGACCCGCCUACCGUCCAUACCCUCUUUAGAUAAUGCCAAUCAACCGACGCCAGCACAACAGGAUAAUGCCCCCUUGUCGUACUUUGAACGUCAACCCAUUCAAUCUCCUCCGCCAGCGGAGGAAGAGGAAGUAUGGGCGGCAAACAGACGGCGCAGCAAUUCCGAACCCCGACCGGGCCGGUGGUCAUUUCCUGCAGCGCCGCUUUCAAGGGUCGCCACCGCGACUCCCGGACGGAUGAUGCCCGUGACUGAGGAAUCGUCGCGUCCAAGCCCGACAGUCGUGUCUCCACCUGCGAUAUUGCCUGGUCAAGAAACCGAGCAAGACUCCCUACGCCCGGAUCAGCCUGAGGCCCCACCCGCAGUAGCGCGGCCUGCAGGUCGCCUUCGACGAACCAGCCAAGCUGCGCUGAAUAGGUUCUCUCGGAACCGUGCAUCAACGGUCUCAGGAGAGCAUCCGACCCUUACUCCUCAGGAACAGCAACGUCAAGAUGAAGCGCGAUUGGAGGAACAGCGCAGAAAUGAGUAUGGUUCUCAUGUGGUCGACGUGCUAGAUGUGAUCGAUCCUGAGGUGUCUGCACUGUCUACCCUGACCAAUGUUCAGAACUCACUCUUCGUGCCGAACCUGGGCGGCUUCAUCAAUCGUAUGCCCACUUAUACUAUUUCGCGGCCGCAGUACUCUUCGGAUGAGGACCAGGAGACUACAACAGAUGAGGGGGCGUUAUCCGACGAAGCUAAGCUUCAGAAGGACCAGGAGCGACCAUCGGAACAACUGCGUCCCUCUGCCAGUAUGUCCUCGGUGUUGGCCGGCCCUCGUUAUGCCAUUCUUCCUGAAACCCGUGGACUGGAAGGGUGGACCAAGGAAGACUACGCGGAACUCAACGAUCAUGUUCGGCAUAUGCUUCACUCCCGUCGUUCCAAGUUCAAACGGUCUAUGAGGGGAUUCGGGCAGUAUGUGCGAAAGCCUCUUGGAUUCUGUAUUACUCUCUAUGCAACUUUAAUUACGUUGUUUGGUCUAGCCUGGGUUCUUUUCCUCAUCGGUUGGAUCAACAUUGCAGGAAAGCAACUCUAUGUCAUCAACAUUAUAGAUAACAUCUUGGUGGCUCUGUUUGCUAUCAUGGGUGAUGGAUUGGCUCCUUUCCGUGCAGUCGAUACGUACCAUAUGUGUUUCAUCGCGCAUUACACGCUUUUGACGUGGAAGAUCCGUAGAAAGCGUGCCCUACCGGAACUCAAAGACAAAAACGAUCUCCCAUCAAAGCCCGAGAAGGACGCCGAUGCUGAUGUCGAAUCUGGGGAGUUGACCAAAGAGGACGAACAUGAAUAUUCCGUGCUCAGUCCUCGCCAACAGUUGCGAUUAAUGCACCAUCAGCACAAAUUUGCCAAGUCCCACACCUUCUACAAACCACACGAAACCUUGACACACCACGCUUUCCCUCUCCGUAUCCUCAUUGCCAUUGUCGUUGUUCUUGACUGUCACUCUCUACUUCAGAUGGCUCUUGGUGCUUGCACCUGGAGUAUGGAAGACUACAACAAGCGACCUUUUGCCCUGACCACUGUCAUCCUGUGCUGCUCUAUUGCUUGCAACAUUACAGGUGGUGUCUUGAUCAUGAUUGGUGAUCGCAGAGCCCGAAAGAAGGACGUUGUUGAACGGCUCUUCCGCCAGGAGUUGACCGCAGAAGCCAUGAAGAAGAUGGAGAAGAAGAAAGUCAAGGAAGAGCGCCGAAGCAUGGCGAUUGAGGAGCGCAGAAGCAUGCAAAUUGAUCGUAAGAGUGCACAAAUCGAUCGCCCUGAGGCUCCAGGGCCGUAUCAUGGCACCUGA